GGGGGAAUCCCAAUCCCACCCCUGCUCAUGAAGCUCUCUUUAAUUUUCCACGGUGCCUCUCCGGAUUGUUUUCGUCCACAGAAGAAGACCGAAUUCAAAAUCACUAGUGAAUGCAACCUAGGAGAGAUCAUUCUUCUCCGUCUCCAAAGAGAGGAUUUGAGGGAAGAUCAACAGGACAGCUUGUAUUGCGAUUUUGUGGUGGUGACGUCGGCCGAAGAGGUGGCCUACCACUUCCCUUGCUACCAAUGGAUAGAGCACCCCUGGCCAAUAGAGCUCAGAGAAGGAACUGCCAAGACACCAUCUAUGGAUCAUCUGCCAAGGUUGCAACAACAUCGGAAAGAAGAACUUAAGCAAAGACAGCAGAUCUUCCGGUGGGUGCAGUUUAGAGGUUGCCCUGAGGCAUUGACAGGGAAGGGGACAGGACCCCCCAAAAUCAAGAUUGAAACUCAACACUGUAAGAAAGAGUCAGUGUUCUUGGCCGUGGUCGCCAUUUUGACUUUUUUGACCAACACGGGGCUCUCCGAUGCUGCUAGUUUGAACCCUGGAUCUCAGAAAAGCAAG